CAUGGCCCAAAGAAAGAAACUCCAAAAAAAAAAAAAAAUUCUAAAUUAUCUUCUCCAUCCACUGCUAAUUCUAAACCCCUAUUCAUCAUCUGUAAAACCCUAGAAUCCAGUUAACUGACAAAUGGUAGUUUAAUAACUAACACACACCUGAAUUACACAUCCAAAUGGCGAUCGGUUUUGGUUUGGGAUACUCUUGCCACACUCAUUUUCGUCUCAAUUCGUCUCUCUUCCGUCGUGUUUCCAGUGUUCGGUUAACUUGUGCUGCGGCUAUUGAAACAGUUGAUGGAUCAGAUGGUUUCAACACGGAUCAUGUUAACGGUAGUGAAGGAGGUGUUGAAGGUAGGAAAGUGGCAUCCGAGUGGAAGAAGUUUAGCUCGAAGGAGUUCGGGAUUACGAAUUCGAUGAUCGCAAAGUCUACACGGAUAGUUUUAAAUGGUCUUAAAAGAAAAGGAUUUGAUGUUUACUUUGUUGGCGGUUGUGUGCGCGAUCUAAUAUUAAAGCGCACGCCCAAAGACUUUGAUGUGUUAACUACAGCAGAGUUAAAAGAGGUGAUGAAAGCUUUCUCUUGGUGUGAGAUUGUUGGGAAGCGGUUUCCUAUUUGCCACGUGCACAUUGGUGAUGAUGUAGUAGAGGUUUCAAGCUUCAGCACUUCCGCAAGAAAUCGCUCUGUGGACCCUACUUUGGUUUUUCAACAACAUGAUGAAAAAGAUCAAAAUCGUUGGCGGAACUGUAUGCAACGUGAUUUAACAAUAAACGGAUUGAUGUUUGAUCCUUAUGCAAACACAAUUUAUGACUAUGUAGGAGGAAUCAAAGAUAUUAAAAAAGCUAAAGUGCGAACUAUUCUUCCUGCCAGCUUCUCAUUGGUGGAGGAUUGUGCUCGCAUAUUACGCGCCAUUAGAAUUGCUGCGCGUUUAGGGUUUGGUUUUUCUAGAGAAACUGCUCGUGCUAUAAAACACCUUGCACACUCGGUUCUUCAGCUUGACAUGGGGAGGCAUCUUAUGGAAAUGAAUUACAUGCUAGCAUACGGUUCUGCCGAACCUUCGUUGAGGUUACUAUGGAGAUUUGGUCUUUUAGAAUUACUGUUACCAAUUCAGGCAGCAUAUUUUGUUUGUGAUGGUUUAAGGAGGCGAGAUAAGAAGAGUAAUAUGCUUUUGUCAUUAUUUUCAAACUUGGAUAAGCUUCUAGCACCAGACAGACCAUGUCAUAGUAGUUUAUGGGUGGCAAUUUUAGCGUUCCACAUGGCGGUGUUAGAUAAACCAAGGGAGCCUUUAGUCGUUGCUGCAUUUAGCCUAGCUGUCCACAAUGGUGGAGAUAUGGAGGAAGCUAUAAGCAUAGCUAGAAAAAUAUCCAAACCACAUGUUACAACUUACCGUGAGUUAUCAGAGCCUGCAAACCUUGAACAUAAGGCUCUGAAAAAAGAGAUUUUGGAGCUUGGAUCGUCGGUGAAUAAGGCGCUUUCUAAUAUGACAGAUACAUAUUAUGUGUCGCGGGCAAUGAGUAGCUACCCAAAAGCACCUUAUUCUGAUCUGGUGUUUGUUUCUUUACACUUGUACUUAAAGGCUUUGAAGAUAUUUGAAUGUGUGAAUCAAGGUAAGGAAGCCAGAUUUGUGCCAAAGCAAGGUGGCAAUAUUAAUUAUGAGUUGCUGGCAAUUGGAAGUGUACAGGAAGUGCGACAUGUGUUUGCGAGGGUUGUAUUUGAUACCGUAUUUCCUUUAGACCUUGGUGAAACUUAGUUGUAGUGUAAUAUCAAUCUAUUUAAACUUCCUGUGUGUUUUCUUCUCCGUAUGAAAAUCAAUAUGUAUGUUUAAAUGGCUAUUGUUUGUUUGUUUUUUGUUAGGUUUGGAUGAUUAUGCUUUUUAUAUAUUAGGAUGUGCUUUGGUUU